GAAAUGGCCACCUUCUUUUGCGAUGCUCACGCUCGGCUGAGACUUUCUUUGUUCUUUUUUUUUUAGUCUUUUUCUCCUUUGAAUAUUGUAUCUACACACUGAACCGUCAUAGCCAUGGUCAACAUUGAAGAAACAAAACGCCAAAAGAAAUGGAGCGCCAAAGUCAAGACUGGCUGCUGGACAUGCAAACAAAGACGAGUCAAAUGUGAUGAACGGAAGCCAUCUUGCGGAAACUGCCAAAAGGUUGGUCGCCAAUGCCAGGGAUACCCGACAAGAGACACGGCGCAGCCCGAGCGACAUGCCCAGCAGUUGCGUGCCCUUGCCCCGGCUCCAGGCUCGACGCAAGUGCCUAUACAAUAUGCUCAGAUCAAAGCGAUGGAGGAUGUCCAGGUUCUAUACUCGAUUAUGCCACAGGUAUUGGCUAGUCCAAGCUCAUCGAAGAACUCUUGGUCCAUGAGAUCGAGUAUGCGUACCACCACGGCUGUCUACCUGGCGUUUCUUCCUAGCCGUGCUGGUCAAAGCGCUGUGAUGGAUGCUGCUGUUCGAUGUCUGGCGGCAGCAGUUCGUCUGUAUUAUACCAAGAGUCGACUCGGUGAGAGCGCCGAUGAACAGGAUCAAGGCUUGAUCUUGGGACCCUAUAACCACGCGUUGAAAUGCCUGCGCCAGGCUCUCAAAGACCCCAAAGAAUCCGUGUCGGCGGAAACACUAUGUGCUGCUGAGCUCUUAUGCUGCUUUGAGUCAUUUUACUCUGACGGAACCGAUGAAGCACAGGCUCGCCACUUGAUAGGCAUCGAAGAAGUAAUAAAGCACCGCAAACCCAUCAGAUUCACAUCGGAAUUUGAUCUCCAGCUCAUCCAGAGCCAGUUGGGCUAUAGUGUGUUUAAGGCCUUCUUUACCAGCGCCAGCAGUUUUCUCAACCAAGACGAAUGGGUUCCGGUGCUUGAAAUGAUUGGCUCGCUGGCUCCGCCUCUAAAGCUACUAAUGGACUACUUCAUAUUAUCCGCUCCCGUGCUGGAGGUCUUGAAACAGACAACAGACCUGAUGAGUAGCAAGGACACAUCGUCCGCAGAAUCCCUCGAGACACGAUCCCGACUGCUUGGGGACUUGACCAAGAGCGCCAACGCUUUUAUAAAGUGGUACUGGGAUGUGAUAGAUCUCAUAUACCAGUACAUUGGAGGCGCAUCUGUGGAAUCUGACAGGCAUAACUUGUCGAAGCGGCGGCGAACAGUCUGCCAAGUUUCACAAUUCUUUGGUACUUGCCAAACGGUUAUUGUAAUUGGCAAUCGACUCCACGCUGUUCUUGGUGGCGAAGAUGCCUACCCUUUGGAGAUUGCCACGCAGGAGACGGCUACUAGGCUUGUGUAUGCCUAUAAUCUGGACGGAGAUGACAUGACCAAUCCGACUAUAUUCGAAUUGAGUGUCAUGAAGGCUAUUAUUUCUACUCGAGACGAUUGGCACACAUACGCUUCCCCCAGACACGGCCAGCAAAGCAUUGAUGUGUUCCCCAAGGAUAUAUUUUUCCGCUGGCUUACGGCAAUGGGUGUCAGUUAUCCGCCGCUCACAGAGGCAUAGAGGCUCAUAAUAAAAUGCAAAUGAAGAAAAGGAUCAAAGUACGACCUGUAGUUGUGUUGCAUACAGGGUUCUGUCAUUGUCAGCACUAGCGAGCGUUUGGCGUUGCUCCCAGUGUUGUGUGGCUGGCGGCCCCAUUGACCAUACACACUGGCGCGACUCUUUAAAAUGCAGCCCUAUUCGGCCAUUGCGGUAAAUAUCUAACAUAAUAUUCAAGUGUCGC